AUGCCCAACCAAUCAUCUGGUCUCUCACCACACAAUCUGCUUACCAAAACUCGCUGGAAACAAUCACAACUUGCCGAUGUUCAAGUCUGGGGAUGUCCAGUGUAUGUCUUGGACAAACACAUGCAAGAUGGAAAGAAACUUUCUCGGUGGAAGCCUCGAUCCACCCGUCAGAUCUACGUUGGAAUGAGCAAGAGGCAUGCAUCGUCAGUUCCACUUUGUUUGAAUCCCGACACAGGAGCCAUCACCACGCAAUUUCAUAUUGUAUUUGAUCCUACCUUCUUGACCAUGGCAACGAAUAUUGAUGACCUACCUGAUUUUGGUUCGGAAGCCUGGUCCAAACUCUUUGGAGACUCCGUCUACCAAUAUGUUCUGGAUGAUCCUGAGGACCCAUUGCAUCCACCUGAUCCCCCUCCACCUUUAACUGCAAGAGUCCGAGAACAAACAGAAUUUCACAACCUGCCUACUCCAUUGGACGUUGUUCCGCCACCUACCAAGCCACAAGUUGAUUCCUCUGGAGCUACCAAACAUUUGAUCCAGAGGGAGACAGUCAUCGAGAAUCCGCCAGCUGUUCCCCCCGUUCAGCCAUCUCCUUCUCAGAGGGAGAAUCCAACAGCAUCACCUCGCAAACCUGCACCUGCACCGCAACCAUCAGCCACACGCACAUCUCGCAGAUUCAACAAAGCCCAACCUCCUAAACGCUUUGGGUAUGAUGGACAUGGGCCCGCAGGAUACACCGCACCCCUAAAAUCACAAAGUCCAGAGACCAACAACUUCUACACUUACUUUUCCGCAUACUUCAACUCUUUGAACAUUGAAUUGGAACACUCCCAUGACUGCAGCUUCAUUCCUAGCUCGUACAAAGCAAGAGCGACCAAGGACCCAGACGUUUUCACUUACAAUGAAGCGGUCAACAGUCCCAACAGCGAAAAGUGGACUGCAGCAGCAAAGAAAGAAAUUGAAGAACUUGAAGGAAAGCUCACCUGGAUUGAAGUCCCAAUGUUGAAAGCAAAGACCAAGAUCAUUCCUGGAACUUGGGUCUUUCGUGUCAAGAGAAAUCCAAGCGGAGAAAUGACCAAAUUUAAGGCAAGAUACGGUGUGAGAGGAGACCUGGAAGAAAUGGAUGUUGACAAAAACACGUUUGCACCUACCGUUGCAUGGGGUACUGUCCGUCUGUUUCUUGUCCUUUGCUUGAUCCUUGGAUGGGCCUCCGUCUCAGUUGACUUCAGUAAUGCAUUCAUACAAUCCAAACUGGACAAACCAAAAUGGGUACACUUACCUCAAGGAUUCGUCUCUCCAAAGGGCAAAGGAACAUGCCUUCAACUCAACAAGUCACUAUAUGGGACCAAAGCUGCUCCCGCCCUAUGGAAUAAGACCGCCAUGGAAGGAUUCACAAAGUGUGGAUUCAAACAAUCCGAUUUUGAUCCGUGUCUUUUGUACAAGAAAGGCUUGAUGGUGGUUCUGUAUGUUGAUGACGCUGGAAUUGGUGCCAAGGAUCCAGCAGACAUCGACAAGCUCAUUGAGGAACUCAGAGAACUCAAAUUUGAACUAAAGAAAGAAGGCGAUUUCAAUGAGUUUCUUGGCAUAAAAUUUGACAAACGCAAAGAUGGUUCAGUCAAACUUACUCAGACUGGUUUGAUUGACAAGGUUUUGGAAGCAGCAGGAAUGACCGAUUGCAAUCCCAGUUGA